AUGGCUCCCACCGUCAACAGGCCCACGGAUAUCAAACAGAAGGAGGCGGAUGUCAACCGCAAGCUGCAAAUCUAUGGCAUCAUCAGCGCUUUUAAGUCGGGCAAGGUCCCUUCGAAUGACCAAAUCGACAUUGCAUUGAAUAGCUUUCUCGAGUCCAAGGCUAUCUCUUCCCCGUCUGCGAAGCUCUCGCCGGAAGGACAGACUCUCGUCGCGCACACCCGGGAGGUGGUUACGCAGGCCAAGCAUCUUCUGCUCUCCAAGAAUGACGGCAACCUGCUCCAGGACUUCAUCUGGCAGACGCAGCAGUUCGACGCCAAGUCCGUAUCGACUCCCGGAGCGCCUGUCAACAAGGAGCAGGCACAACAACAUGGGAAGCAGGCUCUCGAGGGUCUGCGCACCCUCGGCACUUUGAUCAUCACCAACGGCCAGUUCCGGAAGUUGCUCAAGGAUGCCACGAUCCUUCUUCGGGACAUGGCUGGCGAUGCCGCCACGAAUGCUGCUACUCGCGUCCGCCCUAGUGAGGACCAGCUUGCUCAGCUCGACCACGCUGCGGAAGACAACACCUGGCACGAUGCUCCCAACAUCACCAAGGACAGCCUGAAGGGCAAGUUCCAAAACUACUACAAGGGCAACCCUAAGGAGGAUGUCAAGGCCGCCGCCGCCGAGGGCGCGUCGGCAGCUCAGCCAACUGGCUCGACAGCUGCCGCUCCUGCUGCCGGCCAACAGGGAGGUGCUAACACCAUCGAGGGUGCUGCGGCGGCCACGAACGCGUUGCAGAGCAAUGUCAACGAGAACAUCGACGCUGAGACGAAGGAGAAGGCCCGUUCGAAGCGUGAGGAAUAUCGGGAGCGUACCAAGAACUACUUUUCCCGCAAGGUUCCUCAGGAGCGCCGUGAUCAGACGGUCUGGCGCCUCAAGAAAAUGGUACUCGAGUGCCAGCAACACCCUGAUUAUUACCAGGCCAUUCAAACACUCCUAGACUUAGCCGAGGAGUACGGCGGCCAUGCUAACCAGAUUGCCCGUGGUGGCUCCGGCACCGUUAAGGACGCCCGCUCGAGCCUGGUUCAGGCUGAGAUCGACCUCAAGACGCUGAUCGAGCGCUUUGCCAACGGCACGUCGUCCGAUGACCUGUGGGACUCGAUUAACACCAUCUACAAGGAUGCGGACCGCGACCCGCAGCUGCGAAACUGGUUUAAGUCUUUGGACCAGUAUGUCCGUCGUUGUUUGCAGGAGCAGGGCUAUAUCCUGGACGACGAUUCCAACGUGCAGUGGAACAAGCUUUACGACGAAGGCAACUACCUGCUGCGCCAAAAGUACCGCGGUCACACCAACCGCAUCGUGGACGAGAUCAAGUUCCUGGCCGACCAAUUCGACCAGGACCCGCAAAACAAGGCCUUUGCCGCCUCGUUGACCAAACUCUUCAACGAUCUGGGCAACGACGAGAACGGCAAGGCAGCCUUCAAACCUCACCUCGUCAAGGAUCUCACGGACGUGAUCCUGCCGGCCAUUUUUGAAAACGUUGCCUACAUCCCGCUUCCCCGCAUCGAGUAUUCUGACCCCCAGUUCGACGCCAUCAUCGAAAACCUCGUCCUGGAGAGCGAUAACUUCAUGCCCAACGUACUGGAGAUUGCCAGCGAGAACUUCCUGCGCUUUGGCCGAAAGAAGGUGGCCAGCCACAACAAGCACUCGGUCGAUGUCAAGGUCGGUGGGAUCCAGAUGGAUCUCCGCGAUGUUAGCUACCACAUCAAGCGCAAGCAAGGCUUCCCGUCUAUCACGGACACCGGCGUGGCCAACUUGUUGCUGGCUGGUGAUGGCUUUACCUUCCGGAUGAAGCUGUCGUCUGCCGACAAGAGCGACAAACAGACGUUCUUCAAGGUCGACAAGGUGGAUGUGUCGGUCAAGAACCUCAAUGUCAAGGUGGUCAAGUCGAGCCACAAGUUGCUCUUUGCCCUGUUUAAGCCGCUGUUGCUCAAGGUUUUGCGCCCUGGUUUGCAAAAGGCGUUGGAGAAGGCGAUCAAGGAACAGGCUAUCAAGUGGGACGCCCUGCUCUACGAGAUCAAGCAGGAGGCCGACCGGGCGCUGGAGGAGGCCCGCGAAUCCCCGGAGCGCACGCCCAACAUCUAUAACCGUUACGCCACGGCCGCGCAGAAGAAGGUGCUGCAGGGCAAGAAGAAGGCGGAGGACGUUGUCGCCGACAAGAAGGUGAACUAUGCCAUCACCAAGGAGGACAGCAUUUUCCCCGACGUGCACCUGCCUGGUGGCAUCAGCUCCAAGGCUACGGAGUACCGCGACCUCGCCCGCAAGGGCGACAAGUGGGAGAGCCCCGUGUUCUCCCUCGGCUCGGCUGCCAAGAGCAAGGACAUCCCCGCUGCCCCCAAGAUUGUGCGCAAGCCACACCAGGCUACGUCGGCGAGCAGCAGCAACUUGCAAGACGCGAGCGGUGCUGUUAAUGGAGUGGCCACUAGCGGUGUAGCUGCCCUCAACGGUAACCCCGUGAACGGGGCCGGCCUUAACGGGAACGGAGGCUUCCCCCACCGUCCACACAACCACUCCCGCACCCCCCCCUUCUCCCAACUCUUUACCUCCCUCUUCAACCCCCUAAUGGACUGCAAACCCACCACCGGAUCCACCGCCACUAGCGCUGCCCACCGCGCCCGACGACCCGGCGCCCACUCCUCCACCACCACCACCGGUGUAGGCGCUACCAGCAGCAAACUCUCCUACCACGAGCAACGUCGCCACAUCAUCGAGCGGUUCAUGGCACGAUGGCGGGCGGAGACGGGUUCCGAUUUCUACCCGGCCAUGCGUCUGAUCCUGCCGGACAAGGAUCGGGAUCGCGGGGUGUAUGGGCUGAAGGAGAGUGCGAUUGGGAAGUUGUUGGUGAAGGUUAUGAAGAUUGAUCGGAAUUCGGAGGAUGGGUAUGCAUUGAUGCAUUGGAAGCUGCCUGGGGGGAGGGGGUAUGGAGGGGGAAGUGGAGGGGGAGGAGGUGGGGGGAUGAAGACGGCGGGUGAUUUUGCGGGGAGGUGUUUUGAGAUUGUUGGGAAGCGUCAGAUGAGGAGUGAUCCGGGGGAGUUUACGGUGGCGGAUGUGAAUGUGAUGCUGGACCGGCUGGCGAGUGCGAGUGGUGAAGCGGAGCAGCUGCCGAUUUUUGAGGAGUUUUACCAGGGGAUGAACGCCGAGGAGUUGAUGUGGUUGGUGAGGAGGACGUUUCUGGGGCUGUGGCACCCGGACGCCGAGGCGUUGUUCAGCGUCUCGUCGAGCUUGAGGAGGGUCUGCUGGGAGUUGUAUGAUCCUGAGUUCCGGCUCGAGCAGCAGGAGACCGGGCUGGCGCAGUUCCAGAUGACGACGACAUUUGCGAAGCUGGUCGCGAAUCUCGGUGUCUCGGAGGAAAAUUCGGAGUUUUGGAUCGAGGAGAAACUGGAUGGGGAGCGCAUGCAGAUGCAUAUGCAGCAGGACGACUCGGUUCCGGGGGGUUAUCGGUUCGCCUUUUGGUCUCGCAAGGCCAAGGAGUACACCUACCUGUAUGGGAAUGGGCUCGAAGAUAACAACUCGGCCCUCACCCGGCAUCUCAAGAACGCUUUCGACAGCGGUGUCCGCAACUUGAUCCUCGACGGCGAGAUGAUCACCUGGGACCCCGAGGUGGACAAAAUUGUCCCCUUUGGUACGCUCAAGACGGCUGCACUUGACCAGCAAAAGAACCCCUUCCACUCUGGCCCACGCCCGCUUUACCGGGUCUUCGACAUCGUGCUCCUCAACGACAAGUCGCUCACUGAGUACACCCUCGCCGACCGGCAUCGGGCACUGGAGCGGGCCGUUCGUGGUGAGCCCCGGCGUCUCGAGAUUCACCCACACAUCUCGGCCACCUCCGCCGAGGAGAUUGAGCCGCAGCUGCGCUCCGUCGUGGCCGAGGCAUCUGAGGGUCUCGUGCUCAAGAACCCGCGGUCGCGCUACCAGCUCAACAGCCGCAACAACGACUGGAUCAAGGUCAAGCCCGAGUACAUGUCUGAAUUUGGCGAGUCACUUGACCUGGUCGUCAUCGGCGGCUACUGGGGGUCCGGCCACCGCGGCGGGACGCUCUCAACUUUCCUAUGCGGCCUGCGCCUCAGCGAGAAUCUGGCAACAGCCGGCUCGGCAUCCAGUCGUGAGAAGUGUCUGAGCUUUUGCAAAGUUGGUGGCGGGUUUCGCGUUGAGGACUAUCGCGAAAUGCGCCAUCACACCGAGGGCAAGUGGCACGAGUGGGACGCCGCGAAGCCGCCCAGUGAAUACAUCGAGCUAGGCGGUGGCGAGCGGCUGCACGAGUCGGUCGUUAUCUCGGUCAAGGCAGCUCAGUUCGCGCCCUCGGAUCAGUUCGCAGCCGGUUGGACGCUGCGGUUCCCUCGCAUGGAUGUGGAUGAGAUGGAGGCGCUUCAGACGCGGGUUCGGCGCGAGGAACACGAACGCCGCGCGAUGGAGAUGGAGAACCGCAAGCGGCGGCCGGCGAAACGGCAGAAAAAGGAGCUGAUCAUCGCUGGAGCUGCAGGUCCGGCUACCACGGCUACUGGUGACAGUGAUGAGGCGACGGCCAAGUUCGCCGCUGGGGCGAACAGGACGAGAAACGCCCCAAGACCCGCGGCAUCUCUCUUCCAUGGACUUGACUUUUGUGUCUUAUCCGAGGCUCUCAAACCGAAAAGAAUGACCAAACCCAACUUAGAAAAACUCAUCAAAGACCACGGCGGCAAGAUCCACCAAACCGCAGACAAAAACUCCGGCAUGAUCCUCCUCGCCGACAAGAACGUUGUCAAAGUCGCCAGCCUGAAAAAGGCUGGCGGCGCUGACAUCAUCCGACCCAAAUGGGUAUUCGACUGUCUCGCGCAGGGAGACUUGUUGAAUCCAAGCGAAACAACAGGGGGCAAAGAUGAGAAAGAAAAAGAAGGCUAUCUCCUCCCCUUCGAAUCCACCCACAUCCUCCACGCCACCGAGGCUCUCACCACCAUCGCCGAGACCAACACCGACCAAUACGGUGAUAGUUACGCGCGGGAUGUUGGCGCUGAGGAACUGCGCGAUAUCCUCGCUGCUAUGGACACCCCCACGCCUCCGUCAUCUCCCGGUCUAACUGGCGGCCGGCGGUUCGAUGCUGGACGAUUCCUCGACCAGCUGGAAGAGCACGGCUAUGGGGGAGGUCAUGGGGGAGGAUUGGAAGGGUUGAAGAAUUUCUUGUUCCGGCGAUGUCGUGUGUUCUUUGCCGUCGGCAGCGGUGAGGGUGAUACUGAGGGAGAGCGACUCUCAGGGAAUGCGCUCAAACUAGCGAACUACGUACGUUUUGGCAACGGAGAAGUGGUGGAUAACCUCAAAAGCGAAGGUGUGACGCAUGUGGUUGUUACAACAACACCUACCACGAGUGGGAGUGAAGAGGCGGGAAGGACUGAAAAGGAGGUGGCCGCGGAGGUGAGGAAGAAGAUUAGCUUGUUGAAGACGGCCGUGCCGAGGAUCGUGUCAGCUGGCUGGGUGGAGGAGUGCUGGAAGGAGAAGACGCUUUUGGAUGAGGAACGGUAUGCGCCUCUUUGA